AUGACUAUUAGUCUUACAGCACAAGAUUUGCAAUCUUCUAUGAUAUUUUGGGCAGGAUUAUAUGCUCUAUGGUGGGAAAUGCUUAACAUCAUAUUCCGAACAUAUGAUUACAUUUACCUUAAAACAAUGCCUUAUAUAAAAGGCAAUAUACUAGAUGAAUUGUAUAAUUAUACUCAGUACCAUAGUCAUAAAUUUUUUCAAGAUAACCUUGCCGGCCAUAUUACUAAUAGGAUUACUGAAACAGCCAGAUCAUUUGAAAUGAUUAUUUCUACAUUUUGUGAAAAAAUUAUUCGUAUUAGUAUUCUUUGUACCGAUAAAAUUAAUAGAUAUUCUUUAAAUUAUGCUAAAAGUAAAUCUAUGGUAGCAGGUAGUAUUGUUGAUUCAAUUACAAAUAUUAGUGCUGUACGUAUGUUUACUUCACAUCGCUUUGAACGAAAACAUCUUGAUACACGAAUAAGCAAUGCUAUCGUAGAUGAGCAAACCAUGCAAUUUUUUAUGUUUAAAUUACGCUAUGUGCUUGGUUUAUCUUGUUCUAUAAUGAUUUUCAUAACGCUUUAUUAUCUUGCCUUUUUACGUAGCCAACUAAUAAUAACUAUAGGAGAUUGUGUAUUAAUAAUUACACUAACUAAUUCUGUUGCUGAUGAUAUAUGGGAUUUAACUCAAGAAAUAGGUGAUAUGUUUGAAGAAAUAGGUUCUUUUAAUCAAGGUUCAGGCAAAACGACUUUUGUAAAUUUGAUUACAAGACUACAUGAUAUAGAAACAGAUUCCUUAAGAAAAAAUAUUAGUGUAAUACCACAAGAACCAAUCUUAUUUCACCGAACAAUUCUAGAAAAUAUUAGUUAUGGUAAAAAAGAUGCUAGUAAAGAAGAGGUAAUUGAAGCAGCAAAGAUUGCCCAUAUACAUGAUUUUAUUAUGAGCCUACCACAAAAUUAUGAUAAUCUAUGUGGAGAACGUGGUAAUAAUUUAUCCGGGGGACAAAGACAAAGAAUAGUAAUCGCAAGAGCAAUAUUAAAAAAUGCUCCAAUAUUGAUUCUUGAUGAAGCAACAAGUAGCUUAGAUAGUGAAACUGAAAACUUAAUCCAAGAAUCUCUACAAUAUUUAAUGCAUAAUAAAACAGUAUUAGUAAUUGCGCAUAGAUUAUCAACUUUAUUAAAUAUGGACAGAAUUUUAGUCUUUGAAUCAGGUAGUAUUGUAGAAGAUGGACAACAUAAAGAGUUAUUAAAGAAUAGUAGACUCUAUAAAAAAUUAUGGAGCUCUCAAGUUAAA